AUGUCCGCUGGGUCGUCAACAGCAGCGAACUCGAAGGAAAGGCUGGAAAGCGCUCCUCAGGCUUCAGCUUCAGCAGCCGAAAACGAAACGAGCCCGUUUGUAGCGCUGAAGGACCUACCCAACUUCCGCAAGGUCCUCGUUUUAGUCGUCCUCUGCUCCGCCUUGUUUCUGGACACGUUCAAUAAUUCAUCUCUGUUCGCCGCCAUCCCGCCGAUCGCGCUCCAACUCGACAUCCCGAACAGCCAGAGCGUAUGGCUUCUCGGCGCGUACCAGCUAACAUUUGCCGCCCUGCUCCUCGUUAGCGGUCGAGUUAGCGAUCUGUACAACCCAAAAUGGGUAUUCAUUGUUGGAGCGGCCACGAUGGGUAUCUUCGCCCUCGUCGCAGGCUUCAUCCGGAACGAGAUAGCGCUGAUCGUCCUCCGGGCUCUUAUGGGCGCAGGCGGCGCGUUGACCAUCCCCUCGGCGCAACACCUUAUUGUUCACAUGUACCCCGAUCCGGCAGAGCAGGCCAAAGCGAUCGCCGUAUUCGGCGGCAUGGGCGGCAUUGGCAUUGUUAUCGGUCUGAUAAUCGGCGCGCUUUUUGUCUCGUACGCGUCCUGGCCUUGGGUCUUCUAUUUCAGCGCUAUCGUGUCCACGGUCAUCACCGUCGCGCUGUUCAUUCUCGUGCCGAACAUUCAGCGCACGGGACUGCAUGAGUCGCGCGCCGCCAAGUUCUUACGGUUCAAGCGCCUCGACUUGGUGGGCGUAGGAGCAUUCACCGCAUCGUUGGUGUUGUUCAUCUUCGCCGUCACUUCGGGCUCGAUAGAUGGAUGGGGUUCUGCGAAGGUCCUUGCACCCCUUGUUAUUUCGGUCUUCUUGAUGGUUCUCUUCUUCGGGUGGGAGGCGUACCUCCCUGAAUCGUACGCUGCCUUACCACCGAAGAUGUGGAGAUACGACAACGUCAUCAUCCUGACGGUCAUCUCCCUCGUACCUUUCAUGUGGUGGGGGUCCAUCUUCCCUCUCUUUUCCUGGCUUUGGGAAGUCGUCUACGGCUGGUCCGCAAUAACGACCGCAGUACACUUCCUCCCAGUCGCCCUCGGGAUCUUCCCGGCCCUCCCGCUCGCCGCCGUCCUUCAAUCCAAGUGGCGCCUGAAAUGGGUCAUCCUCCUCGGCUUCGUCCUCCUGCUCACCGGUACGAUCCUGCUCCCAUUCGGCGACUCCCGAGAGCGCUACUGGCGGUUUGUGUUCCCGGGCUUCCUCCUAGGCACAGCCGGCGCUGCGCUCAUUUACGCCACGACAAACAUCGCACUCCUCGCCAACACGCCACCCGAAGUCUCCGGUAUCGUCUCCGCCGUGUUCGUCUCCGUUCUCCAAACCGGAGCAGCGACCGGACUCGCCAUCGUGACCUCGAUCCAGACGAGCAUCGAGCAGAAGAAUGGAGACCCGACGGGCUUUGAAGGACGUGCGGCUGGCCUGUGGUUCCUUGUGGCGUUCAUUGGCACGGUCAUGCUCCUGUUCGUGGUGUUCAUGAAGAAUUCGGUCGGCCCGGUUGGUGCGAGCUUGGAGGAGACUGAGGUGGGAGAGAAGGAUGUUGUCGAGAAAGAGAAGAGUGAGGUGUGA